UGACAUAGCGGAAGUAAACAAUAAUCACGUUCCAACCCGGAAGAAUUGCUUUUCUCUGAUUAACGUUUGAAUAAACAAGAAUUACCCAUUUGUUUUAGGAAAAGAUUGUACGGGAUGUGGCCCACAUUGUACAUUUAAUCUGCCAUUUUUCAUGUCUUAUUCAGUAGGGAUAGACGUUGAAGUGAUCGAAUGUGAGUAGCAACGCCCUAAUGUCAGCCACCUUGUCGAGAAAAAUAGCCCUGCUGUGUUUACAAAUCGGGUACCUAAGAAUUGUUUCCCUGCAGUGUAGUAGCUAGCUAAUAGCUUGGUUGCUGUAGACGAAGAAAAUAUGGCUGAACUGCACGUUGUGGAAACUAGUGGCUCUGGUACUAUAGAGCAAACCGAACACCGUGAUGUCCGAGGCUCCGUACGGCUAGCUUCGCCCACACUCAUGAUUCCGCCGCGGAGCAGCUUGCCUACUAGUCCUGGGGUGUCUACUUCUAGCAGAUCAGUGUUUGGGUUCCCAAUGAAGAGCAACCCUAGCUCCCCAUCAGAGCCACUGGAGAAGCCCGGAUCCCGCUGGGUUCGUCUCAAUGUUGGUGGGACCUACUUCGUCACAACCAAACAAACAUUGUGUAGGGACCCUAAAUCAUUCCUAUACCGAUUGUGUCAAGAAGAUCCUGAUUUGGAUUCUGAUAAGGAUGAAACUGGUGCUUACCUGAUCGAUAGGGACCCUACAUAUUUUGGGCCCAUUUUGAAUUACCUGCGGCAUGGAAAACUCAUCAUGGACAAGAACCUGGCAGAAGAAGGAGUCCUUGAGGAGGCAGAGUUCUACAACAUUGCAUCACUGGUGAGACUGGUCAAAGAGAGGAUACGGGACAAUGAGAACCGAACGUCUCAGGGCCCAGUGAAGCAUGUGUACCGGGUGCUGCAGUGCCAGGAGGAGGAGCUAACACAGAUGGUCUCAACCAUGUCUGACGGCUGGAAGUUUGAGCAGCUCAUAAGUAUUGGCUCCUCCUAUAACUAUGGCAACGAGGACCAGGCUGAAUUUCUGUGUGUGGUUUCCCGGGAGCUCAACAACUCCACCAAUGGCAUUGUCAUUGAGCCCACAGAGAAGGCUAAGAUCCUUCAGGAGAGAGGCUCACGGAUGUAAAGAGACACCAUCUCUCGACCCACCUGGGAUUUCUUCAGUCUCAGCCCUGUUCCAUAAGCUCAUUCUCGUCACCCCCCUCCAACCCUGUGCACCUCUUCCACUCCCCCUCCUCUGGUGUGCCUUUCCACAGUGGGGGGUUUUCCCAUACUGCCCCUACAGUGCUGCAACACAAUCCCAAUAACAACUUUUUUCUUCUUCUUCUUCUUCUCUGUUAUAUUUUUCAUAAUGUUUGGAGGCAUUUUAAGCAGCUUAUUAUGAUGAUUGAUAAAAGAGGGCUUUUGAUGAUAAUGGCCACUUGAUUUAGGUUUUGGUUGUCAUUAUAUCCCCACACUUUCAAUUGAAUCUCCACACAGAGCUAAGUCUUCAUUAUCAUCCUCAUUCUGGUUAAGGCACAGGUAACCAUGUCCCCUGUUUGUCUGACAAUGUUGACAUCUGUGAUUAUCUCCUCAGGACUAUCAAAAGACAUACAAUGGAUAAAUUGAUGCAGACAACUGUACAGACUAAGCUAAUCCACCUCAAACACCAUCCUAAAUACGCCCUCCCUCGACCUCCACUCCUCGCUGCUGGGGGUGGGCACAGCGUCACGGCAGGGUGUGCCAGCGCUGGGAGGCUGUGGGUCGAGAGGUUGCACUAGAACAAGCGUGCAACAGGCAGGAAAUUGUAGACCGCUGAAAGCAAUGGAUCAGCAGAAUCUCUCCAUGGGUCAGCUUAUCCUGUGAGUUCUGCUGUUAAAGUAUCAUUUUCCUGAAAGGAGAGGGGUAGACCCUUGUCUUGUGGAUGGCCCACUUUGGAUCAUCUGUGACUUUCACUUUUGGGCAUCACUGAGGACUCCCGUCUCCUCCCAGUUUGCUUCAGCCUGUUGUCUUGGGAAAGGCACAUCUUUUCGCAGCUGUACUAAGGAUGUUUCCAUGCAAAAGAAAGCAAAUGACUCAAAAGACUAAAAUACACCUGUGUACAAUUGUCAGGCAUGUGAGGAACAUAAAUCUAUAUCUAUAUAUAUAUAUGAUGACAUUAUUAUGAAAAUUGAAUGCAAAUGGUGUAAUUAUUGAUUCAUGUAUCAUAGUUGUCAUAUUUGUGUAUUAUUGGUGAGUAAUACUAAUUUCAUGGAGGAAAGUAUCCAUAUCCUCCAAACCAGUUCUCCAGAUGUGUUUCCCCAGUGACAGGGGUGUGAGUGUGUGUAUGCAGCGCCUCUGCUUGUUUGUCAGUGACUGAAAUAUGAUCAACAUCCCAGGAUCCUAGAAGUAGAUUUUUGGUUAAGAGUAACCUCUUAAUACAUAUUCCUAUUUAAUAGGUCUAUUUGUAUUUAGUUCUUUUGCAUAUCUUCAAAUUGUAAUUAGAGCUAAAGUAAAGGUUUGUGAUAUUCUUUUUUUUUUUACAUGAAGAGAUGGACGUGUGUCUACGACACUUGUGGUUCUUUCAGACCCGUGUCCACCUGUAUGCAGCCUCAAAGACUGGAGUUUCUCUCCCUGGCCUUGUCACAUUCUCAUGCCAAUUUUAACUUCUUCUGCAGCUGUUUCAAAGUACAUCCAGCUCACUGUGUUUCACCGUACUUUACAGUAUCUCCAUCCAGUGGCGAUUUUAGACCCCUUUAAAGGGUGCACAAGCACCCAUACAUUUCAUCUCAGCACCCUUAAAAUUAAUAAUAAUAAAAAAAUAAAAAUUAUUAUUGUUUAUUAUCAUUUGAUAAU